AUGGAGAAGAUGCUCAUCGAACGCGAUGUCGCCAUCCCAAUGCACGAUGGCAUCUCUCUGCGUGCCGACAUCUUUCGCCCCAAGGAUGGCAAGCCAGCACCGGUCAUCAUGACCCUGGGCCCCUAUGGUAAAGGCGUGCCGUACUCUGUUGGCUUCAAGCCUCAAUGGGAGUGGCUCAUCACCACAUACCCCGACAUCCUUCCUGGCUCGACCAAGGAGUUCAUGAAUUGGGAGACGGUAGACCCAGAGAUCUGGGUGCCGUACGGCUACGUCUGUAUCCGUGUCGACUCUCGAGGUUCUGGCCGCUCGCCCGGGAAACUCGAUAUUUUCUCCCGGCGAGAGGCGCAAGACUACUAUUAUGUCAUUGAGUGGGCUGCUGUUCAGCCAUGGAGCACGGGCAAGGUAGGCCUGAACGGAAUAUCGUAUUAUGCCAUAACGCAAUGGAACGUUGCGUCUUUGCAGCCGCCGCACCUUGCGGCGAUGAUACCUUGGGAGGGUGCGGCUGAUUAUUACCGCGACACUGCGCGGCAUGGUGGCAUCCAGUCCAACGCAUUCAUCACUGCCUGGUAUGCCAAACAGGUCGCCUCCGUCCAGCACGGCAACCCAAACACCGUUAUGGACCCGUGGCUAGGCGAGAGAGCAAGCGGGCCUGCAGCAUUAUCUGAGAAUGAGUUGGUGGCGAACCGCACUGAUCCGAUCAAGGAUGUGUUGGAGCGCCCGCUUGACGACGAGUGGUAUCGCUCGCGUUCGGCGGAGUGGAGUAAGGUGACCGUGCCGUUUCUGAGCGCUGCCAACUGGGCUGGAUUCGGCCUCCAUCCGCGUGGCAACUUCCAGGCGUUCAUGGAUGCUUCGCCGAAGCAGAAGUGGCUGGAAUGUCAUCCCGGGAGGCAUGAGGAGUGGUUCUACCUUGAACGUGGUAUUGACUUUCAGAAGAGGUUUCUCGACCACUUCCUGAAAGGUGAAGACAAUGGCUGGGACGGGGAGCCGCCGGUUCAGCUGCAUUUGCGAAGACCUUUCAGCGACAAUUUCGAGCUCAGAAAGGAGCAGUCGUGGCCACUGCAUGAUACUAAGUGGACAAAGAUCUACUUCUCUGCUGGAGACUCUAGCUUGAUCUGGGAGAGACCUGCCGAAGAGUCAGCUAAUACAUUUAAAGCCCUCAGCGAGACCGUCACGCUCAUGUCUGCUCCACUCGAGAAGGAGACAGAGAUCACUGGCCCACUCGCAGCAACCAUCUUUGCCUCCUCUACGACCACUGACAUGGACCUCUUCUUAACCUUCCAAGCCUUCGCACCCGACGGGCGCGAGGUCGACUUCCAAGGCACCAUCGACCCUCACAUCCCCGUCGCGCAAGGCUGGCUGCGCGCCUCGCAUCGCAAGCUCGACGAAGCGAAGAGCCUUCCGUACCUACCGUACCACUCCCACGACGAGCUGCAGCCACUAGAACCAGGAAAGAUCUACGAAAUGAAUGUCGAGAUCUGGCCAACGCACAUUAUCCUUCCAGCAGGCUAUCGACUUGCUUUGCAGAUUGCCGGCAAGGACUUUGAGAGGCCGUUACCGCCUGGUACGCCGAACGAGGCGUGGGUGGCUAAGGGAUCUGGGCCUUUUUUGCAUACUCUUGCCGAGGAUAGGCCGGAGAGUGUGUUUGGAGGGCAGACGACGGUGUAUGGUGGCGGGGAGGGGAGCGAGUCAUUUUUGUUGCUGCCCAUUAUUGAUCGGUAG